AUGGCCCUCUUGACGAUACUCGGCCUAGUUCUAGCCCUCUCUUUUACUUUCAUUGCCGGCAAAGUCAUCUAUGCCCUGUUCCUUUCGCCGUACAGGAACAUUCCAGGGCCGAGGCUAUGCAAAAUCACCCGCUACUGGGCUAUCUAUCAAGACUUGCGGCUGCGUCGGAUUAGCAAGAUUCACGAGUGGCACUGCAAGUAUGGCGACGUCGUUCUCAUCGCCCCGGGCGAGGUCUCCUUUUCCAGCCCGGCGCCCACAAGGGACAUUUACGGCUGCUCCGGGCGUCAUCCCAAGAGCAGCUACUUUGACAACUUAACAAUGUACGGCCAACGGCCCAUCUUUUGCGUCCGCGGUGUUGGUGAGCACCGGCAGAUGUGCAAGCGGACGUUUGCCUUCUACCAGCCCUCGUCCAUCUACAAGCCGGCAACCUUGCAGCCGCUACGCACCAAUGUAUCCAAGAUCGUCAGCCGGCUCAAGAGAGACAUGGAGGCGCGCUUGACGGUCGAUGCCAUGUUUUACUGCAACCUGUACUCGUUUGACAACAUCACACGCCUGGCAUAUGGGCCCGAUCUCAGUGCCCACUCGAUCGACGACGAGAACUGCGAAGAGCGAACGAUAUUAGCGGGCUGGAAAGAAGUCGAGGUCUGGAACAACCUCGCAUACAUCGUGCCCACCGUCCACAGGAUCACCCGGGCCGUCCUGUCCCAUACCAGAGGCGACCCGGCUUUCCUGUCCGCCGAGGAGAGGCUGGCCGACUGGAACAUGGAAAAUAUCAUGGCCAGCCAGCGUGACCCGGGCAAGAUCGUGCCCGGCUCCCUCCUCCACCAGCUGAGCCACGCCAAGACGCCCCAAGGCGAACCUUACCCCGUGUCGUGGAUCGCGGCCGAGAUGCUGGACAAUAUCCACGCCGCGCAGACGACGGUGGCCCUCGCCUUGACCUUUUUGCUCUGGGACCUGGCUCGCAGCCCCGAGUGGCAGGACCGGGUCCGCACUGAGCUUCUCUCGCUGCCCAUCAGCGAGGACGACGGCUUGCCCACCUUUGAUGGCAUCAUGGCUUGUCCCAUUCUAGAUGCCUGCUUUCGAGAGUCCGGCCGCCUCCAUCCUUUAUCGAGCGGCAGGGCAGAGAGGGUUGUACCUGCUACAAAGGCAUAUAGCGGCAUCAUCCUUCCAGCCGGAACCCUUGUGUCCACAUCGACACUCUCCAUUCACCACAGACCAGACGUCUUUCCCGAUCCACACAUAUUCAAACCCGACCGCUGGCUCGAGGCUGACGGGGCAGCUCUACAGGCCAUGGAGUCGUGCUACAUGCCGUUUGGCUACGGCGCGCGCCUCUGCCUAGGGAAAGCCUUUGCGGUCGCCGAGAUCAAGCAGCUCGUCGCAGGCAUCCUCCUCGGGUUCAGCGUGCGGCGGGAUCCGCAGUCCAAGACAACAACAGACUGGACCAUGGAGCAGCUCGGGACGCAGAACGCCAUGCCGCGAGGCCGGCGGUGCGAUCUGGGCUUUCACAAGCUGGCAGAGAGGGAGUGGACGGGUAUGGACGGCACACAAGUUGGGCGUGCCGUCUGA